CGUAAAUGGCAAGAAAUGGCCACUCAAAGCUCUUUAAUUUCGAAGCCCCAUAAUAUCACGUAGAGGUUCAUAUCUGCUAAUAGAUCGAGGAGAAAUAAUCAAUCAGCUGGCAUAUCAUGGCUGCUAGGGCUUGUUUGGUCUUUCAUCAGUUCUGAAUUGGAGUUGCCACAAACUCAGGAGUAUAUUGAAAGAGAUAGAAUGGGGAGAGGGAAAAUAGAGAUAAAGAGAAUAGAGAACAACACAAAUAGGCAAGUGACAUUCUGCAAGAGGAGAAAUGGGCUUCUCAAGAAAGCUUAUGAGCUCUCUGUCCUUUGCGAUGCUGAGAUUGCUCUCAUCGUCUUCUCCAGCCGCGGCCGUGUCUACGAGUACUCCAACAACAACAUAAAGUCAACAAUAGAUCGAUACAAGAAGGCAACUUCUGAUGCUUCCAAUAUCUGCACCCCUCAAGAGCUCAAUACCCAGUUCUAUCAACAAGAAUCAAAGAAGUUGCGCCAACAGAUCCACAUGCUCCAAAAUUCCAAUAGGCAUCUAGUGGGAGAAGGGUUGAGCUCUUUGAAUGUGAGGGAGUUGAAGCAGCUUGAGAGCAGGCUUGAAAGAGGAAUCACCAAAAUUAGGUCCAAAAAGCAUGAUCUCAUUCUUGCUGAAACUGAGAAUUUGCAAAAAAGGGAGGUGCAUCUUGAACAGGAAAAUGCCUUUCUUCGUGCCAAGAUAACUGAGAAUGAGAGGCUUCAGGAGCUGAGCAUGAUGCCUACCGGCGGCGGCGGCGGCGGGGGGCAAGACUACCAGGCCAUCCAACACUACCUGGCUCGAAACAUGCUGCAGAUCAACGUGAUGGACGAUCAGGAUCACUCUGUCACACAUUCUUACCCUGCGCCGCCUGAUCUCAAGACCAAUCUCCACCUCCUCUAGCCACCGCCCUUCUACUCCGUAGGUGGUUGGUGUUCAUCAGCAUGCUUGCAGACAUGCUAUGGGAGGAGAAGACAAGUUAAUAUAUAAAUUAAAUAUUG